GCUCCAGGAUGGGUAGGAAGAGGUCGGGCAGGCGGCGCCAGCCUGCCCCGCCCUCAGACACCAGGACACUCCUGAUCACCAAUGUGCGUAGGACGCCGGGGUGACUAGCACCGCAGACCCCAAGCUGGAUCCGGGCGGUUGACAGUACCAUGGGAUCUACAGCAGAAGGAAGAGACAGUGCCUUAUGGCCAGACAUCCCCAAGGGCCCGCUUAGUGUCUACCGAGCAAGAGCCUCCUUCAGCUCCAAGGAGCUGCUGCUCUUCUGGGACGACCAGGAUGUGCUCGAGUUCAAGGAAACCAUCUUCAAGACUCUGGAGAAUGACCCUCUCUUUGCCCGCUCCCCUGGGACUGAUCUGCCGCUAGAUAAGCAACGGGAACUGAACUUCCUUCGCUGUAAGCGGAUCUUCGAGUAUGACUUCUUCUGCGCGGAUGAACUGUUUAAGAAUUUCAUGAAGAUCCCGGUGUUGCUUAACAGCCUGGGCAUGUACGACUGGUCCCUGGCUACCAAAUGUGUCCUCCACUUUUUGGUGUUUGGAUCCGCACUGUUCAAUUCUGCCUCUGAGCUGGGCUUCAAGUACCUUGAAAAGAUGUAUAACCUGGAGAUUUUUGGCUGUUUUGCUCUGACUGAACUGAGUCAUGGGAGUAACACCAAGGCCAUGCGGACGACAGCUCACUACGAUCCUGCCACCCAGGAGUUCAUCUUACAUUCCCCGGAUUUCGAGGCUGCCAAAUUUUGGGUGGGCAACAUGGGCAAAACAGCAACUCAUGCGGUGGUGUUUGCUCAGCUUUACAUGCCGGAUGGCCGGUGCCAUGGACUGCAUUCCUUCCUGGUGCAGAUUCGGGACCCGAAGACUCUGCUUCCCAUGCCGGGGGUGAUGGUCGGUGACAUAGGGAAGAAGCUGGGGCAGAAUGGCCUGGAUAAUGGAUUUGCCAUGUUCCACAAAGUUCGGAUUCCUCGUCAGAGCCUCCUGGACCGGACUGGGAAUGUCACCUCCGAGGGCACCUACAGCACCCCAUUUAAGGAUGGCCGGUGGCGUUUCAGAGCAUCCUUGGGCGUCCUGUCCUCAGGACGCAUCACCAUUAUUGGCUUCUCUGUGACCAACCUGAAACUGGCAGUGACCAUAGCACUCCGAUUCUCAGCCACACGGUGUCAGUUCGGACCCACAGAUGAGGAAGAAAUUCCUGUCCUUGAUUAUCCACUGCAGCAAUGGCGCCUACUCCCAUACCUGGCAGCUGCCUUUGCCUUGGACCUCUUCUCUAAGACAGUCUUCUCAUACCUGAUGGAGCUUCAGAAAGACCUAUUCAAGGGAGAAUACGGUGCCAAGCAGGCAGAACUUGGACGUGAGAUCCACAUUCUGUCGUCGGCUGGCAAGCCCCUAGCCUCGUGGACAGCCCAACGGGGGAUCCAGGAGUGUCGUGAGGCAUGUGGGGGACACGGCUAUCUGGCCAUAAAUAGGCUCGGUGACCUCAGAAAUGACAAUGAUCCAAACUGCACUUAUGAAGGUGACAACAAUGUCCUGCUACAGCAAACCAGCAACUACCUGCUCAGCCUCCUGGAGCACAAGCUCCAAGGUGGAGCUCCAUAUACACGCCCUCUCAAGAUAGUGGACUUCCUGGAAGCCUAUCCUGAAAUCUUGGGCCGGAAGUUCACGGGCUCCAGCAAAGCUGACUGGUUGGACUCAACAGCCCCCCUGGCAGCGUACCACUGGCUUGUCUGUUACCUGCUCCAUGGGAGUCAUCAGAAGUUCUCUCAGGAGAAAAAGUCGACAGGCAGUGACUUUGAAGCAAGAAACAACAGUCAGGUGUACUACUGCCAGCCCCUGGCCCUGGUCUUCCUGGAAUUCAUCGUAGUACAGCAAUUCCACGAUCACACGCACAGCUCCAGCGUGCCUCUGUCUCUGCGGCCUGUGCUCAGGCGGCUCAGCAUGCUCUAUGGCCUGUGGUCCCUGAGCCAGCACAUGGCCCUACUCUACCAAGGUGGCUACCUUGCUGGUGAACAAGCAGGAAGAGCAAUGCAGGAUGCUAUCUUGGCCCUGUGUGUGCAGCUGAAAGACGAUGCGGUGGCUCUGGUGGACGUGAUCGCCCCUCCUGACUUUAUUCUGAGCUCCCCAAUUGGCAGAGCUGAUGGUGAGCUGUAUAAAAACCUGUGGACAGCCAUCCUGCAGCAGGAGGGGAUCCUGGAGCGUGCCACCUGGUGGCCUGAGUUCCCUACCAACAAACCCUUGACCAUCAGGCCGAAGUCCCAGCUGUAACCGUGGUGGGAGAGGCAGCCACAGCAGAAGCAGCUGAUCCAGAGGCCUGAACCCAGGAGACACCAAGAUACACAUACUGGAAAACACGCGCAUUGUACCUUUUCCUCGAGCCUAGUCAGCCUGCUGUAACCAUCCUCAAAUGGGGAAAGGUCGUGUUGCAUGUGCAGGGUCAGGGAGUUUGCAUAAUGUGUCUCCCUGAGGGCCUUAGGACUUUAACAGAGGAUUUUAUCCAUGCUCUCUUGGGAUAUAAUAGGAAGGUAAAGUCAGGGCUCACAAUGAAGGCUUCUGCUCAGGUGAACUUUGGGGUCCAUGGAAGAUUUUUGCAAAGCUCUCUUCUCUAUUCUGCCUUCUGAUUCCUUAGCCCUUCUGUGCUAUGGCCAUGACUCUCUUUACUUGCCACUUAUGGCUUUAUACCAUGGACAUAAUUUAAAGAUAUUUUUUUUGGGGGGGGUGAUGCCACUUCUUUUGGUGGCACCAGCAUCUCCACUGAGGAAGUGCGUGGUGGUAGGGACAUCUAACCUACUCACCGUGACAUCCCCACUCUGUCAGUGACUGGUUGGCUGUGGCUUCAGUUCUUUUAUUUCUAAAACAGGAUAAAUAUGCCCAGUGUCAUCCGUCCCCACAAAGUGUCCCUCAGCAAAUCCACACGGCAUGCCCCUACCACACUGGCUACAGCCAGACCUUUAUGCUUCCAAAAGGUACGGGAACCAUGCUGCCAUCCUUACCAGCUGAGGAAGGAUCCUGUACCCUUGGCCUUUUCUGAGCCCCAGGUGCUUGCCGAGCCCAAGAGCCUCUUCACCACCUUGCUCUUGGUCAACUCCCCCACCCUGGCUCAGCCGCCUUCCAGAGUUCUGCUCCAACCCAACUGCAUGGGUGGGAUCUGGGGACCACCAACUGGAGACCCCAUGGAACCAGAGGGCCAUGUGUUCACAGAUGAUCCCCUCCACCUGGAUCUGUGGCUUUUCCCAACAGUGGAGACCAAGUCUUAGGUCUUCCUAGGUCUUGCCAGCUCUUGGGGAUUGUGCCCUCCCAUUCUGCCACACACAGUGGUCAUCUCAGCCACCUGUUUGUCUGACCAUAUUUUUGUGUGGGAGCUUGGUUUACUCUCCUGUCAGAUUGGAGACUGACCAGCAUGUCACAGAAGUGACCAAAGUCAGUAAAGUGUUGGCUCAAGUCACACGGUUCCUGGGGUCAGGCAGUCAGACUGCAGAGCUUCCAUUGAUGGCUCCAGUGCCUGCAGAUUUCAAAUGAUAGAAAAAUGUAUCAGCAGCUAUGGCUUCUCGGGGAGGAGGGUCAGUUUUCUUUUAAGAGUGGCCACUGGUGAGUUGACCAUACUCUGGCGCAUGCUCACACACCCAAGAGCUUAUGUGUGGGCACAAAGUGGACUUGGUGGAUUUUUAAAAUAUGUGUGUGUGUUUUCAUAUGCACCUAUUGGGUAUAUCUUUGUCCCUGGGCAGAGACUGGCUCUCUGGACACCCAGAAUUUGAUGGCGGUCCUCUUAGCUUGCAGGCAUCACAAGACUUGCAGGGAUGAAGCCUGUACCCCUAUUCUCUGCCCGUGUGCAUGCACUCCACUCCUCAGGCCUGAGGGUGAGGCUGGUGGCAUGUGAAACAGGCAUGUGGCCAGGGGUCAUAUUGUAAAGACAGACUUGUAAAGGUCCCUUAAAAACAAAACAUUUGUAAACAGCAGUAAAAACUUGAAUAAUUGGCAAUAAAGUGUUGAA